AGCGGCAACAAGCGCCGCGGGGAUGGUCCGCGUCCCUCCCACGCCGAGGCCAGCUCGAAAGCCGAGACCAGAAACUUCAGACCGUUGCCUCCUAAGUCGGCCCCGCGCGACGUGUCGGCCGAAGUGGAGGCAAAUGCCGCCAUCUUCUCUGCCGGCCAGGGAAGCGGCCAGCCUGGUGCCCCGCCCCACCGGCAGACCGCGCGGCGGGACCCACGGCCGAGGGAACCAGCACUUCGGUGACAUGGGGGUGCGGGCCCAUCGCAACCUCCCCCUCCCCAGCACGAGACGCGGCGGGGCGGGUCUGGAGGGGAAAGAGCGCGCCGCAGCGAGCUCUCGGAUGGAAGAUGGCGGCGCCGCGAGGGGAGGCGGCUGCGGGGCGGUCACGUGGUGGGGGCAGCGCGCGAUCCUCUCUUAAGUGAUCUCUGUGGCGCGGCCGGACACACAGGAGGAGCGGCGCGCCGGAGUCCGCGUGGCGGAGCGCGAGCGGCAGCAGCCGCCUGCUCCCCGCGGGACCGCCGCCGCGUCCGGUUUCGGUUUCACGGGCAUUUUCCUUUUCUUAGAUGCUGGGAUUUCCCCGAAGGGUAACGUCGAGAGGAGACCUUGGGGUCCUACCUCUGCCGAGCGCCCCCGGAGCCCGACCGGACGGGCGGCAGGAGUCGGCGCCGGCGCCGGCGAGCCCGCGCGGGCCGCCCCGGGACAUGGGCCGGGCCCCGCCGGGCGCUCCGGAGUCGGGCCCCGGACUGGGCGGGGCUCCCCGCGGGCCGCCCGCCCCAGCCGCCGCCGCCUUGCCGCGGACCUUUGUGCGGGUCCUGCGCCCCCGGCGCCCCGAGCCCACGCCGCUCCAGCGUCCGCACCAUGGCCCUGGCUGAGGUAGUAGUUUGUGCUGUUGGUCGGGUUGUGACAUUGCCCGCUGUGGAGAUAACUGCGCAAGCUACUGCCUUGCUAGUGCUGGUGAUGAUCAGCCGCGGGUGAAGACAAUGGCCCGGGGAAUCCCCUUUGUUUAAGGGGGUCGCCGCGGGGGCGGGGGGGCCCGCCGCCUCCUGGGGCGCUGCCGCGAGCCCCGCGCGAGGGGGGGUGCGCAGGGUGUUUGCGGGGCGGGGGAAGGGUCCUGGGGCUGGGGAAAGGGUCCAGGCGUGGUGGGGGGCGGUGGUGGCCGUGCCGGAGAAAGAGCUGGUCUGUCGAAAUCACAUUGUGAACAUCUUCCAGCCCACUUUCCUAACGUCUUUGCCCCUAAAGUUACAGGAAGCCCUCAGUUAUUCCAGGUUUCUUGUAGCGAACAAAUGCCUGGGGUGGGUAGGAAUGCUAGGUGCGGGGACUGGCCACAUAAUACUUACUCGGUAAAUGCAUUACGUGAAACUCUGCCCCCUUUGCAUUUUGUUUCUACUUUUAUCUGCAUGGAUUUUGAUUUUAUCUUGCUUUUUCGGGAUACUAAGAUGAAAACUUGAAUCGAUUUAAAGACGCUUAACUAUUGUGGGUUGCAGCUCGUGCUGUGAUUAAAUUUAUUGAUUAAAAACUAUAUGGAACAUAUUAAAACGUAAAAUAAAUUUCCCUUCUAAUUAAA